AUGUUGGAUAUGGAUGAUACCGUGUGCAACUCUGAGAAUGCAGAGAAUGAGAAUGAUUUAGUUGACAACCAGGAUUUUUUACAUAACAAAGCAAUACCUUUUGAUUUUAAAAUGAAUGACACACUUCAUGAACAAAAAGUGCCAAAAGAAAUGGUGAAGAAAUUUCACAAGUCUAUGCAAUAUUGCAAAAUGUAUAUCAAUGCACAGUUUGUCAUGAAGCAUGGCCAUUAUGCACCCGACCAAAGCAGCGCCAUAACUAUGUUUGUUCUAGAUGCUCAAGGGAUAAAAGUGUUCCCGAAGAGUUUUCUCAAGAGAAUUCAAUGA